UCUAACUUCAAACUUUUAUGAGUAGUUGUUUAUUGAAUUUAUUGAUUCUUCUUUUCUAACUUCACUGAAGUUAUGAGAGAUUUUAUAGCAUUGUUAUAUUCUCCUUAUCUGUCACAGUUGCCACUUCGCGGCGCUACAGUUGGAGAAAGCUAUUGUGUGCCACGAAGAAGCACCGUACAUUGCCGCGGUCGUUUCAAUCGAUUUAUACGAUUCGUGCUCACGCAAGCAACCAUUCGUUGGUGAUACGGAAGUUUCCGAGCACCACUUGAACGUCACACAAUGUUGUCAACUCCCUGUGAAGUCUGCUUCCUGGUGUCGGGCAGAAAGAAAGACCUGGUCCGAUGUAAGUGGACCAAAAAUUGAGUCCAGGGAGACAAGUUUGAACGAGAUCCUCUGUUCUGCAUGAAUAAGGUGAGAAUACUUCCACAUACCGGUUGUAGGUGCGAUUUAUCGAAAUCACUCUCUCGAUGUGAUAGUAUUUAGGAUGCGACGAAAUGAAAGACCAUCAUUUCAUUUUAUGUUCUGUUUGCUCUCAUUCGCUCUUUUCAUCGAAUUGUUGACGCGCUCUUUUAUUGAACAUUUUAGCAUUCCUCGUUUGUAAUCUAAAACUUCAGUCCCUGGAGGCAUCUAAGAAUGAGAUCCUCUGUAAUAAAUCUCACUUUAUUGUGGCAGAACACGAGAUUCAUCAUCCCUCGAUUAAAAUGCGCAUGAUUACGAUUUAAUCCCCCUGCGUGUUUGCAAGGUAAGAAACAACAAAACACACACAACAAGUUUCACCCGCUGUUCCUGCUCCUGCUGUUAUUCGCCACUUUAGGUAGAGCAUAUGUAUGGUUUGGUGAUAUGGUGUUCUCUUAAAUAUGUGCAAUACAGUGCAGUGUGUUUUUCCUUUUGUUAUAGUGUUUUUAUUCUUCUCAACUCGUGCUUUAUUCAUACAUAAUGUAUUUUACUUUCUUGCAGCCUACGUUUUGCUCUCACUGGCUUCAGGUUUUAAUGCUCCUUUAGUGGUUGAAUAGCUUACUGUGUGGUCUGAUGAACUGUCCCCAGCCGUUAGCCCUUUUAUAGCUGGGUUUGCUUUACAGCCCCUGUUAUAAAAUAAGCAGAAGAUGAAUGAAUACAUUGUUUGGGGGACUUCCUUGUGUGCUGUGUGCUGCUGGUGAGAUAAAGACUUUCAGUAUGACAGGCUUGUUGUUUCUGAUUUCACGACAUUCUGACAUUCUGAUUUUACAACACGGAAGUAUUUGCUCCUAGCUAGAGAAAUUUCUCAUCUUAUUUCCUCAACUCUAUGAGCCAUGUUUAACUGACUUGACUCUGUGUGGACCAAUAUCGUAAAAUGUUGUUUGGAAUUAUUGUUAUGGAAUAUGUAUGAUAUGAUAUGUAUAUAUGAUGUGUGUUCAAAUGGGACGAUAAACUCAAAGAAAUUAUGAUAAAGAAGUGCAUGAAUUUGCUCUCAGGGACUAUGAAAUGAAUUUAGUUAAACAAUACUUGAAAAUGAAUUAAUGAAUGUAGUUAUUUCAACAUACCCAAAUAAAAUCACUCCUGGAUUACCAGAGUUCUAGUGUCUGAGGACCUUGUUCAUUUGGAAGGGAAGGAUGGAGAUGGAUAAAUGGAUCAGUGCAGUAUCGUCAUUCAUGAGGUCUGUAGUGAAUAAAGAAGCAGGAACUAGAACAUACAGCGGUUUUCUCUGCAGGCUCUCUGGACUCUGUCUUAGAGAAGCUCUGUUAUCCUGGAAACACUCACAGUGGGACUGCAACAAAUGUCAGUUGGUGGAUGAAGUUAUGGGAAGGAUCAUAGUAUGGGCAGAUCUCUGUUGGGACUGCCCCUGGUUUGCAUUUUCACAUUUAUUUCAUUUCACUAUAGCACUCCUGCUCUUUUGCCUGAUUUAAUUUGAAUGAUUCAAAAUGACUGAACCGCCUGACUCUUUCACUAUCUAUGGAUGUUUUUGUUUUUCAGAAAUCAUCGUCAUUGAGCAGAGAAUGUCAACUACUGGCAUGUCAGAUGAAGAGAGCUUAAAGCUCUCAACAAAAAUAAUCAAAGUGGUGUUUGUCACUUUGUUGCUGGACCUGCUGGGCUUCACUCUCAUUCUUCCACUGCUGCCUUCAAUUUUGGAUCACUAUGCUCAAAAUGAGGACGGAAUCUAUCGGUCCAUGCAGAACAUUGUGGACUUGUUCAGAGAAGCUGUGGGAAUUCCACUGGCCAAGAAGUACAACAGUGUUUUGUUUGGAGGGCUGAUUGGAUCACUGUUCUCUUUGCUGCAGUUCGUCUCAUCCCCUUUGGCUGGAACUUUGUCAGAUCGCUACGGCAGAAGACCCCUGCUUAUCUUGGCCACAUUGGGCCUGAUGACCUCCUAUGCUGUCUGGGCUGUUGCACAAAGCUUCAGCAUGUUUCUCGUGUUCCGUGUCAUUGGGGGAAUUUCCAAAAGCAACGUCAGCCUGUGCACCGCUGUGAUGGCCGACCUGCCUUGCCCAAAAGCGCGGAAUAGAGGAAUGGCUAUGAUCGGCGUGGCGUUCUCUCUGGGCUUCACUGUUGGACCUUUGAUGGGAGCCUACUUCACUCUCAACAACAGAAUUACAGAGAAUGUCUACCAUACUCCUGCUGUGCUCGCUCUGGCAUUCAGUGCUGCUGAUCUCGUAUUCAUAUGUCUCUUGCUUCCGGAGACGCUGAAAAAAGACGUCAAGACGCCUUGCUCGGGGUUUAGAGAUGUCCGGGACCUCCUGAGUCCAUUAUCUUUAUUCCGUUUUUCAGCUGUCACCAGGAGCACUGAGCCUCCCACUAAAGAGCGAAUGAGGAGGCUUCAGGUGCUGGGUCUGGUUUACUUCUGCUAUCUCUUCCUGUUCUCCGGUCUUGAGUUCUCUCUGAGUUUUCUAACUCACCAGCGGUUCCACUUCACCAGCAUGCAGCAGGGAAAGAUGUUCUUCUUCAUUGGGAUCCUCAUGGCGCUGAUCCAGGGAGGCUACGCCCGGAGAAUGAAGCCAGGGCAGCACAUCCAAGCAGUUAGCAUGGCAAUCACAAUAUUGAUUCCAGCCUUUAUUCUCAUCGGACUGUCUUGGAAUCUGACAAUGCUGUACGCUGGUCUGGCUCUUUAUUCUUUUGCGGCUGCAGUUGUUGUCCCGUGUCUUUCCACUCUUGUCGCUGAACAUGGUUCAGUCAAUCAGAAGGGAACCGUAAUGGGGAUUUUGCGCAGUUUGGGGUCUCUGGCAAGAGCAAUGGGGCCAAUUGUGUCUUCCUCUGUGUAUUGGAUCGCAGGAGCACAAACCUGUUUUCUUCUGACAGCUGCGUCUUUUGUCGUUCCUCUGGUUUUACUUAAGAGCAUUGGACGAGCUGAGGAGGGACAUGAAGACUAAAGACUUGAAGCUUUUCAAUUUCCAAACACUCAAAGAGAAAAACAUUCUAUUGUGCUGAUGUCUACUUGUACUGAAAAAGAAAGCAGCUACUUUUGUGUUAA